AUGAACUGUGAAGCAGAAGCUACACCGAUGAAUAUAAAUGAAAAGUUGGAGCGUGCAGAUAGAAAUGAGAAAGCAAGUACAAAAUUGUAUAGAAGUUUAGUUGGUGGCUUGAAUUAUCUAAUGCACACUAGACCUGGCAAUGCACUUUUUGUUAGUGCUAUGUCCAGAUUAUUGCAAAGCCCCACAAAGCAACAUUUUGGUAUUGUGAAACGAAUUCUUCGUUAUGUGGCUGAAACAGCUGACUUUGGUAUAUGGUAUUCUAAAGCACCAAAUUUCAAAUUGGUUGGCUUUACUGACAGUGAUUAUGAGUCUUCUUGGAUGACCAAAAAAGCACUUCUGGAAGUUGUUUCAAAUUUUGUUUCAGAGCUGUGA